AAUACUCAUGAACAAUUGAAAUAUAUUCAAAACCUGGAGCAGCAAAAGGUGCCGAUUGGUUCCGUUUGAAUCCGGUUCCAACCCGAUUAUCAUUCUUGAGUCUCGAGUCAAAACCAAAUAACUCUGUGAUAAGGAUUAGCCAAGCCGGGCGGUCGCUCGGUAUGAACAGGUGUGCUGCGCGGGUUCGCCUGCACUCUAAGGACACAAACGCUGAUAACGAGUGCACCAGCACUUCUCGGUACACACAUCACUUGCAGGCUGGCCCGAUAAAAAUUAGUCAGUGUAGCAGGUGUUCGCCGAGCAGACCUGUUCAGUCUUUUUAACGUGAUGCAGCAGCAUAACCAAGGUGGUGUUAUGAUGGCCACGGAGAUCAGCGUCCUCGGUCAGCACGCGUGCAUCUCCGACGACGACCUGCACUCGCCGACCGACGCCAGCGACGACAGCGUCGAGGUGAAGGUGCACCCCAUCCUGGCGCUGUCCAAGAAAAACAAGCGCAAGCUGGUCGAGCCGCGCAAGGUGGCCAACGAAGGCAAGGCGGCCAUCAAGCGCGUCAGGAAGUGCGAAAAGCCGCUGACGGUCGCCUCCGCCGCCCACAGCCCCUUCCGGCCGUGGAGCGAGCCGACGUGUCAGCAGGCGGCCGCCGACGAGCAGCCCCUGGCGCUGGUGGUGCGGCCGCAGACGAUGGUGGUGUCCUCGCCGACGCUGUGCGGCGCCCAGCCGACGGUGGCGCCGCCGCCGAUCCGCAAACGGCUGGCCAACAGCAAGUUCAGCGUCGAGUCGUUGCUGGGCGCGCAAGCGGCGGCCGCCGCAGCGGCCGCGGAGGCCGAGAAGCCGCAGCCGGCGGCCUCCAAGAGCCCGGCGGCCAAGAGGAACAGCGCCACACCCCCGGCGCAACGCAACUACAAGAACAUGACGCGCGAGCGGCGCAUCGAGGCGAACGCACGCGAGCGGACGCGCGUACACACGAUCAGCGCCGCGUUCGACACGUUGCGCCAGUCCAUCCCGUCUUACUCGAACAGCCAGAAGCUGUCCAAACUGUCCAUCCUGCGCAUCGCCUGCUCCUACAUCGUCACGCUGUCCAGGGUGGCCGGGGAUGACUACAGCGCCGGCGCGUCGCAGCCCUCCGUCGAAGAGUGCGUGGACAAAGUCACGAAAACGAUCCACGCAGAGGGCAAAGUGCGCAAGAAAAAGGACGACUAGCCAUAAAAGGCCACUAUUCCUAUGGACGAAAGCAAAACGCACUCACCGAAUAGAAAUUUGAACAAAGACUGCACGUCUCGAAAUGAGGUUGUCCUCUUUCGAAACGUCUAAUUAAUUGUUUCAAGAACUUGCGCGCAGUAUGUUUCAAAGAUGACGUUUUAUGUGGGUCUCUGCUUCCGAGUAUCUGAGCUGCCAACUGUGAUUGCUAGUUUUAGUUUAGCGCGUAAGGUCACUCUUUUCGUGUCAUAUACGCUGACUGUGCUUCGAGUAAUGCUAUAUAACUGCAGCUGCCAUACGCUAGACGACAAAAUGAUGUAAAUAGCCCUUUUGAGAAUUCCAUGACAUUCCGUCCUAUAUUUCGACUCCUUUCUGAAUCGUUGUCACCCGUAAUACCACCAGAUUAGGGAUGGGAAUUUCAUUUGAUUCGGCUAUUAUGGCUAUUAUCAGUAAUUCAGAUUACCGACCCAAUUUUUUUACAUCCGCGAUGCUUGUUAACAUCGCGAAAUAACGCGGAUAACUUUUUUAUUUUUAAAACUUCACAUUACUUUAACUCUUGUUUUUAAAUGAAGUAAUUUUUUAGCUACCGACGUUCACUGCCAAAUUUUUAUCAAUUCCAAGUUGAAAAAUAUAUAAGCCAUUUCGUUAAAUUUUUUCGAUCGCAAAUGAAACAAAUUUUUUAUCUCAUUAAUCAAUAUUGAUAUCUGCACGUGUCAAAUAAGUUAUUUUCCCAUCCCUGUGCCAGUUUGAGCAUCAAAUUCACGCUGCUUAAUUGUUCCCAAAAUCAGUUAAGGCUCAAACGGUGGAUAGUUUUUUUAUUGCCGAGGAUAAAACGAUGUGCUACUUGCAGCCUAAGGUGCCUGUACACAAUAAAUAUCUGCGCAGAUUGUAACUGAUUAAACGUGCCAAUAAUGUCUCACUGAGUAUUUAUUGUAAAUAAAAUAAUGAAAUCGUACAGAAAUUCUUCUUAGGCGAAGCGAAUAAUACAAUAGAGGUUAACGCAAAUCUUCAAGAGCAGCCAUUGAAAAAUAAGUACGCAUUCAGAAAGUACAAAAGUUUGUUUCCGCAACGAUAUUUUGCCCCCAGUUUAACGAGCAUGUCUUGUCCUGUAUGAAUACUAAAUUCCGGAAGGUCUUGUGAGCAAAAUGCAUGACGCUGGUGUUGCAAGAAAAUAAAGAAAAAUAAUGUCGAUUCAAUACAAUAACAAUAUUUUCUUU